GUCGUGAACCGGACGUAGAAUCUCUCCCUUCGAGUUCAUUGAAACCAACAAAACAUCAACAUUAGCAUCAUCGCGUCGCGCGCUGAACGGUGAGAUGAUCUGGACUCACGGACUCGCGCUGCCGCUGAUGAUCGCCGCGCUCGUGCGCCUGACACACGGAGGUGUCGGCGAGGAGCCUGACCCCUCAGAUCCGCCUCAGAGGCGCUUCAAGACGGCGGAGAUGGCCGAUGCCGUGAUGGAAACGGCUCCUUCUCCCGCAGGGAUGCAGCAUCUGAUUCCCAAAGAGCUGCUGGGAGAACCGUGUGCUGAGGAGGAGAAACCGCUGCUGUCCGCGGUCAUCCACACCGACACCAGCGACAACCAGAACCAGAACUUCACCGAGACCGCCAAGACCUACAAAGUCACCUGCGACCGGCGGAACAUCAGCGGGAUCGCGCGCUUCACGGUGCACGUGCUCAACGCGUCUCAGGACCUGAUGGAGCUCCUGAAUGCCAACAGCUCCGAGUGUUCGCUGGUCCUCUUUUAUACGCCGUGGUGUCAGUUUUCCGCCGGUCUCGCGCCUCACUUCAACGCCUUGCCUCGGGUCUUUCCCAGCAUGCACUUCCUCGCGCUCGACGCCUCUCAGCACAGCAGUCUCUCGACGCGGUUCGGAACCGUAGCCGUUCCCAACAUACUCCUGUUUCAAGGUGCCAAACCCAUGGCCCGGUUCAACCAGACGGACCGAACGCUGGACACGCUGACGUCCUUCAUAACAAACCAGACCGGUUUUGAAGCAAGCCCGGAUCAGAGCGUUCAGGAAGACGACCGCGUCGGACCUCUGCCUGCGGUUCCCGUCAAGAGCAUCGACUGGCUCUUUGUGUUCUCUGUCCUCUUCAUAUCCGGCUUCACUCUCUAUGCCAUCCUCUGUACGGACAGCAUCCGGUGGCUGAUCCCGGGACAGGACCACGAACACCAGGAUUAGAGUCGGUGUGUGUGUGUGUGUGUGUGUGUGUGUGUGUGUGUGUGUGAGAAUGUUUGCAGAAUAAAUUAAGUGUGUGAAUGUAAAGACAUUGGCUCAUAUUAUUUAUUUAUUUUCAUUAAAGAACUAAAUCAAACAACAUUACAUAAAAACAUGUUAACAAACACCCCAAAUACAGAUUCAUAAUCAUUUACAAUAGAUUUCACAGCCAGACUUCAUUAAAGUCGUCAUGAAACAGAA